AUGAUGUUGCUGUCCGAAAAAUAUGAUGAAGUUCUGGGUAACCUGAAGUCUUUACAAAAAGAAAAUGGCUCUUUAAAGAGCCAUAUUAAAACUCUUGAGACAAAAGUAGAACAAUUUGAAAAAAACAUGCGGACCUCUAUGAUUGAGAUAAGAAAUGUUCCCGUCACUGAACCUGAGAACAAAGAACACUUGGUCGAGAUUGCAAAAAGGAUUGGAACUGUUAUUAGCGUGCCAAUCUUGGACUCGGAUAUCCGAGAUGCAUUUCGCAUUAAGCGGAAAGACAAACCAUCUGGUAUAAUUGUGGUGGACUUCACAUCGACACUAAAAAGAGAAAAGUUUUUGCGUGCUACUGUCACUUACAAUAAUUCAAACAGUGAUCAACGACUGAGUACCAAUAAGUUGGCCAUCGCUGGACCUGAUAAACCAAUAUAUGUGGCUGAAUCACUUACUGCUUCCGUUAGACGACUACACUACCAAACAAGGUUAUUCGCAAAAAGGCACAGCUUCGACCACUGCUGGAUAUCUUAUGGGAAAGUGUUUUUGAAACGUAAAGGCGAUCAGCAUCGACUACGUAUAAACUCCGAGGAAGAUCUUAGAAACUUAGAGAAAAACAUUUGA